GUGGCCAGAAAGCCCCACCUCUUCGCAACCCCUCCGCUGUAGGAAGCGCACAUAGACCAUUGCUCACAAUGCCCCAUAUAUUCUCAACGCUCUCUACGCUGCGUCCACCUCCAGCCACCUCCAGCCCGCUAAUAAUCGGGCUGACCACAGCCACCGCCGCGGCUAUCCUGGCCUUCUUCACCCUUCGUCCGCCGCCAACCCCACUGCCCGGCGUGAUCCCCUCGCCCAGGGAAUUACUGGGCGACUUGACGGAUAAGGAGAAGGAUUAUCUACCCUAUCCGCCCGAUGUUCUGCUGUACGGACGAUGGGUGGAUACUCCGUAUGGAGUGAUCCGGGUGUACGAGUUUGGGCCAGCGAAAGGCAGAAAGGUUGUUUUCGUGCACGGGAUUUCGACGCCGUGCCCUGUUGCUAGGGACCUGUUGUGGGACCUGGUUGGGAGAGGAUGUCGGGUUCUCACGUUUGGUGCGAUAAUAUACCAGCAUCCUCGCUUCCCAUCAUGAUAUCACGAGACUAACCCGAACGAACCGCAGAUUUAUACGGUCGAGGGUACAGCGAUACCCCCCUAACCCCGCAUGACCACCGUCUGUUCUCCUCACAAAUCAUCUUUGCCCUCUCCUCCUCCACCCUCCACUGGACCAAUUUUACCCUGAUCGGCUAUUCCCUCGGUGGGGGGAUAAGCGUUUCGUUCACGAGCCACUUUCCCCACAUGAUCGACGAAUUGAUCCUCCUCGCUCCGACUGGAAUCCUAAAAAAGUCCCGCCUGGGUCUCCUCCACCGGAUGGUACACUCGGGAUGGAUCCCAAGCGCGUUAGCAACACUUCUGGUAGGCCGCCAACUCAAGGCAAGGCAAGCGCAGGAUUCCUCCCGCCGCGUGGCGAGUGACCCGAUGGAUAGGGCUGUAGUGCUGGACGUCCCGAGUAUAUCGGAGUGGCAGAGCCGUGAGCAUCGGGGAUUUCUGUACUCAUUCUUCAGCUCGUUCAAAUAUGGGCCUCUAUACGGUAGACAGGAGGAGUGGGCGAUUGUCGGGGAACAUCUACGUGAAGCCGGGAAGAGGAUUUUGAUUUUGCUUGCAAAGAAUGAUACUGAUAUUGAUCCUGCGUUGCUGCCCGAGAUGCUGGAGUUGUUACGCGGUGGAGAACACGGGGGACAGGAACCGGAAAGGGUUGUGGGGAUUGUGGCGGAUGGAGCGCACGAUUUCGUCAGAAUGAAGGGGAGAAUGUUGGCCGGAUAUAUAGAAGAGUUUUGGAAGGACUCGAGGAGCAUGGAUUGGGUUUACUAGCGUGGUAUAUACAAGUGUCGAUAGACAAAACUCUCAUGAUGAUAAAAUGCUACGAGUAUGUUAGAUGU